ACAGCACGUCUGAGUGAAGAAACAGACAAACAAAGACGAGAGGGUGUAAGUUCUCCAACGAGUGUGGCUUUACAGGGGCUCUUUCACAGACUCCCCUGCCGAGUGUAUGGAGUGAGAAGGAGGAGAAAACAGCACAAGUCAAAAUUUAAGCAAUCAGCCAGCCAGUGGAAAACCUCUGUAUUGAAGCGCAGGCUUUUGCUGUGAGCAGCCAGAGACAUGUGGCCAAUCAGCUGGAUCAGUAUGCUGUCCUUGCUGCUGUGCAUCUCCUGUGGGAGUGCAGACCUGUACAGCAGGCACUACAGGCAGGUCUCGGCAGGAAACCAGCCAGGUUUGUGUCGCUAUGGCAGGACGCUGGAGUGUUGCUAUGGCUGGAAGAAGAAUAGUAAAGGUCACUGUGAAGCUCAGUGUGAACAUGGCUGCAAGCACGGAGAGUGCAUCGGGCCCAACAAAUGCAAAUGCUUCCCUGGAUACACGGGAAAAACAUGCAAUCAAGAUCUGAAUGAGUGUGGGCUAAAGCCACGUCCAUGUGAACACCGAUGCAUGAACACCCAUGGCAGCUACAAGUGCUACUGCCUGAAUGGCUACACGCUCACACCCUCUGGAUCCUGCACAAAUUCAAGGACAUGUGCCCUAGCACAUUGCCAAUACGGUUGUGAGGAGGUCCAAGGGGAAAUCCGCUGUCUCUGCCCCUCUUCCGGGCUCCAGCUGGGACCAGAUGAGAAGACCUGUGUUGAUGUAGAUGAAUGUGCAUCUGGAAAGAAUCUCUGUCCCUACAACAGAAGAUGUGUCAACACCUUUGGCAGCUACUUCUGCAAGUGCCAGUCUGGAUUUGACCUUAAGUAUGUUAAUGGCAAAUACGACUGUGCAGACAUUAAUGAAUGUGCAAGCGGGACUCACAAGUGCAGUCACCAUGCAGACUGCCUCAACACCCAGGGGUCCUACAAGUGUAAAUGCAAGCCAGGAUUCAGAGGCAGUGGAAUCGAGUGCUCUGUCAAGCCAUUUUAUCAAAGGUCUUGGGAUGGGGACAAAGGCAGUGCAGAUGAGAUCCACAAUGCCAUUCCCGACCCCCCUCUGAAGCAGCCUCGGAUUUUGGGAGACAGCAAGCUUGAUAGAGAGCGGAUCAAGAACGUGAUCCCAGAGCCGGCAGUGACUGCACCCCCCAGGGUCCGCCUGCAGCCAUUCGACUACGAGGGAGAGGUCUACGUUGGAAACCCCGGGGCAGAGGAGGAGCAGGACAACUUCGAGGAGCAGGAGGAGGAGGAUGAGCAGGAAGAGGAAGAGGACAACCAGGAGAACCAGGUAGACGAUGAAGAGCUGAGUCGAAGGGGAGAUGUUUUUGUUCCUGGGGACUUCCAGUCUGUGCUUGGUCCUAUGACAGAGUUGAAGAAGAUUCCUGUAGUUCCUGGACAAGAGGAGUUUAUCACGGACUGCGCCUUUGACCAGGGAUCUUGUGAGUGGGUGCAGGACAAGGAAGACAACUUUGACUGGAGUGUGGCAUACCAUGACAGUGGGAAAGAGUACUAUAUGGCUGUGAGUGGUAUCCAGGGUACCAGGAAUGACCUGGCCAGGCUUCAGCUGCUCCUCAAUGACCAUGCCCAGAGGGGAGGCUUCUGUCUGACCUUUAAUUACCGUCUGGUGGGACAGCAAGUGGGUGCACUCAGGGUACUACUGGACAAUACCGGAUACCCUGUGUGGGAACAGAGCAGUAGCCACAACCAGGACUGGCAGACAGAGCUCAUCACAGUGGCCUGGGAGCAAAAGCCUCCCCAGAUGAUUAUCUUUGAGGCGGAGCGUGGUAAUGGAGUUGGGGGAGAGAUCGGAAUUGACAAUGUGGUUCUAACCUCUGGGUCCUGUCAAGAGGAGGAUGAAUCUGCUAUCUUUUAAGCAGCACUGCACCUCACUAGCAUACGGAGCAUUGUGUUUGACACACAUUGGAGACAGGCCCAACUGACCAUUGUCUCUACCUUCAGAAACAAAAUUUAUAGUCAGAGGGAAUGUAAAUGUUUACAUGCAUUUUGCCAUUAACUAAGGAACAAAAUCCACACCGUACUGUAUAUGAAAUCUUCACUGUCAGUGUAUGUCUAC